GGUACUUUGCUGGGCGCAUCCCUGGGCUGCCUUGCGGGCUUUGUUCGCUUCUUCCUGGGCAAGCCAGAUGGCAAGGCUUCAUCCUCUUCUGCCACCCUUUCGGCGCCUUUGCGCCGUGGCGCCGCCCUGGGCUCCGCGGAGGGCGAGGGUUUUCGGGGCCGUCGCCCCAGCCGCUUCGUCUCCGAACGCCUUCUCGGCGAGGUGUUGGGACCUUCUCCGACAUGUCCGGAGCGGAGGUGGAUUGUAAGACAGGCUCUUCAUGAGAAGGCCUUUCUCAAUCUGUUGUCCAGAUUUCUGGCAGAGGCUCGCUUGGGUCGAUUGCAGACAACCCCAAAGCAUGGGCCAGCCAAGGAGCACUUCGCCGCCACUCUCAUUCAGGACGAGCUGGCCUGUUUCGCCGGCCGCCAUGGCCCUUUGAAGAUCGAGCCGCUGGAGUUUGAGACGGGCCGGCCAAACUUGAAGGUCACAUAUCCCGGGCUGGAACAUGGUGACACCAUUACCUUUGUGAGCCACAUUGACGUUCCAGACUGGGCGCAGCCGCAAAUCUCCUUGCCCGGCGGCUGCUGUCAGCCAGUGCCUUCGGGGUCCUCUGGGCAACGUGCCACUUCGCGGCCCUGGCGUGGCAGGCUUGGCGCACACCACGCUACUUGUCCUCAUCCUCGCCGAGCUUGGGCGCUCCCGGCCACGCCUCCGGCGGAGUGUGGUUUGUCUGUUCCUUGCCGCCCAGCGAGCUGGAGAGGGUCGCGUAGGGGGCGCGGAGGCUGUGAGGGGCGAGUCGCUGGAAGACCUCCGGCGAGGGUCGUUGUCUGUGAAGCCAGUUCCGUCAGUCAGUUCAAUUGA